UCGCUCUCCAUCGCCCCUCUCGGGUCCCGCUCUGCCUUUCCCGCCGGCGGCCCUGGCAGAGUAGGCACCGCAGGGCGGCGGCGGCGGCGGCGGGGAGGGGAACUCUCCAUGCAACACCAUGACAGGCAUCGCCGCCGCCUCCUUCUUCUCCAAUACCUGCCGCUUCGGGGGCUGCGGGCUGCACUUCCCCACCCUGGCCGACCUCAUCGAGCACAUCGAGGACAACCAUAUCGAUACAGACCCACGUGUAUUAGAGAAACAAGAACUACAACAGCCAACAUAUGUCGCUCUCAGUUACAUUAAUCGGUUUAUGACUGAUGCAGCUCGAAGAGAACAGGAAUCCCUGAAGAAAAAAAUUCAGCCGAAACUCUCCUUGACUUUAUCAAGCUCUGUGUCCCGUGGGAAUGUAUCUACUCCUCCACGCCACAGCAGUGGAAGCCUUACACCUCCGGUCACGCCGCCCAUCACCCCUUCCUCUUCCUUUCGUAGCAGUACACCCACUGGUAGCGAAUAUGAUGAAGAAGAAGUAGAUUAUGAAGAUUCAGACAGUGAUGAAUCCUGGACCACAGAAAGUGCCAUCAGCUCUGAAGCUAUCCUAAGUUCCAUGUGUAUGAAUGGAGGGGAUGAAAAACCUUUUGCUUGCCCUGUACCUGGGUGUAAAAAGCGAUAUAAGAAUGUUAACGGUAUAAAAUACCAUGCCAAGAACGGCCACAGGACACAGAUCCGUGUGCGGAAGCCCUUCAAAUGCCGUUGUGGAAAGAGUUACAAGACAGCUCAGGGUCUGCGGCACCAUACAAUCAAUUUCCACCCACCAGUGUCUGCUGAGAUUAUCAGGAAGAUGCAGCAAUAACUGGCUGGUCACAGACGUGCCAAGGAAUCCUCACCAGCAGUUGCUGCUUUUGAAGACAGCCACCUCCUCUUGGGGAAGCACUGAGCAAUCCCUUUAAAAAAAUUAAAUGCAUGCUUUACCAUUUUUUCUGUAAUUUUGGAAUGAUGUUAUCUUUGUAGAGUUACUGCUUUUUGUACAUUUGCACAUGUAAUCAUCAUGCCCAUAUACAUUACUUUGCUAUCAGGUGCUAAAAGCUACAGAUUCUUCAAAGUAUCCCUCCUGCACCUCCCCACCCACCCCA